UGUCACUGUUGACAUUUUUGUGCUUCCGACGAGUUAUCUGUGGUUUCAAGAUGUCGCCCUCAGUGUUAGUGUUAGUGUUAGUGUUAGCUGUACUCUUUACAGGAGCCACGGCUGAUCUGAAAACGUUUUUGUCGGAGAAAAAGGAGUGGAGUGAUGUUUGUGUAAAGGAGACUGGAUUCAAAGCAGGCGACCCGACCGCUGUGUGGAAGGGUGAGGGCGUGGACACGCAAGAGGGGCGUUGCUACAUGGGCUGCAUGAUGGAGAAAGCUACAGUGAUAGUGAACGGCGAGUUCUCCCCGGAGAACGCGAAGGAACUGGCGGAGCAGUGUUUCGCUGGGGAGGUGCUGGCCACAAUGAGAGAAGUCCUCGACACGUGUGGAGCGGAAGUGAAGACAACGGACAGGUGUGAGACGGGGCCAGUGCUCAUGCAGUGCCUGAUGAAAAUUAAAGCUGCGAAAGGAGUCUGAUAAGAAUGCAGAGGAAAGAUGAUGACAACAUGAUUUUUUUUUACCUGGAAGAGAAUCUUUGUUUCACAUUGUAUGUAUUGUCUGCACAGCAAACUUGCAUUUGCAAAUGUAAGCAACUUUGGAUGUUAGAAUGAUUUAAGCCAUUCCUGUUCUUCCUUAAAC